CAACCUAACCUUAUACCUAAAGCAAUCAGAGAAGGAAGUACAAAAAAACCCCAAAGUUAGCAGAAGGAAAGAAAUCAUAAAGAUCAGAUCAGAAAUAAAUGAAAAAUGAAUGAAGGAAACGAUCACAAAGAUCAAUAAAACUAAAAGCUGGUUCUUUGAGAAGAUAAACAACAUUGAUAAACCAUUAGCCCGACUCAUCAAGAAAAAAAGGGAGAAGACUCAAAUCAAGAGAAUUAGAAAUGAAAAAGGAGAAGUAACAGCUGACACUGCAGAAAUACAAAGAAUCAUGAGAGAUUACUACAAGCAACUAUAUGCCAAUAAAAUAGACAACCUGGGAGAAAUGGACAGUUUCUUAGAAAAGUACAACCUUCCAAGACUGAACCAGGAAGAAAUAGAAAAUAUGAACAGACCAGUCACAAGUAAGAAAAUUGAAACUGUGAUUAAAAAUCUUCCAACAGGGACUGAGCUGAGGGCUGGUGACGUGGAGCUACUGGAUCGGUCCAAGAUGGUAGAGGUGGAGGAGACACUGAAGCGACUUCAGAACCAGAAGUGCGUGCAGGGAAACAUCGUGGUGGACACAGAAGGCAUUCCCAUCAAGAGCACCAUGGACAAUCCCAACACCACACAGUACACCAACCUCAUGCACAACUUCAUCUAGAAGGCCCGGAGCACCGUGUGUGAAAUUGACCCCCAGAAUGACCUCACCUUCCUUCGAAUUCGCUCCAAGAAAAAUGAAAUUAUCGUUGCACCCUAUAAAGACUAUUUCCUGACUGUGAUUGAGAACCAACCAAAUAAGCUGCUCUCUUGGCUCCCUGUGUCAUUCCUUAAUUUAAUGCCCCUCAAGAAUAAUAGUGUUAAUCAUGUCAACUGGCUGGCAUAUGGAAGUCACCUUAGAGCCCUCUCAGACCAAUCUGGCUGCAGCUCCACCUACCCCACCAAAGUCAACCCUCUUCUGGCCAGUCACACCUGAUUUUCCAGGAGGAAAAUCACAUCCAGGUUUAUGGAGCAAGAGACUGUGAGAAGCCCACACACCCUGUUUCCUUCUGACUUUGAGUUCACUUUGUUGCCCUUGAAAAAGGCUGUUUUUCUUUAACUAAAAAUAACCAAAACACUUAAAAAAAAAUCUUCCAACAAACAAAAGCCAAGGAACAGAUAGCUUCACAGGCGAA